AUGGAAUCAGCCGCCAUGCAGAUGAUUGCAAAUGGCUAUACCGCAUUUCUCGAUGGCAAUGGCACGUAUAUCAAGAACUCAGAAGGCACUCCUCUGUUCAGAGACGCACAGGACGCUGUAGCCACUGUGUGGGGAGAGGUGGUACCUGCGGGAUCGCCCGCAUUCGACACUGUAGGCAAUCAAGUACCCGCCUUUGAUGCCAACGGACAGCCUAUGGUCGACUCUAAUGGAAUACUGGUCUACGCCGAUGUCUACGGAACACCAAUUAUAUCACAGGAAGAAUCAGCCGCGAUGCAGAUGGUUGCGAAUGGCUACACACCUUUCUUCGAUGCCAAUGGCACGUACAUCAAGAACGCAGAAGGCACUCCUCUGUUCAGAGACGCACAGGGUGCUGUAGCCACUGUGUGGGGAGAGGCUGUACCUGCAGGAUCGCCCGCAUACGACACUGUAGGCAAUCAAGUACCCGCCUUUGACGCCAACGGACAGCCUAUGGUGGAUACAAAGGGACAUCUCGUUUACGCCGAUGUCUACGGAACCCCAAUCCUGUCGGAGGUAGAGGCUGCAGCCAUUCAACUGAUGUCAAACGGCUACGCACCUUUCCUCAACGGCGACGGCACAUAUAUAAAGAACGCAGAAGGCACUCCACUGUUCAGAGACGCACAGGGUGCUGUGGUGACUAUCAAUGGGGAGGCUGUACCUGCAGGAUCACCCUCAUACGACGACACAGGCAGCCAAAUACCAGCCGUUGAUGCCAACAGCCAGCCUAUGGUAGACUCAAACGGAUUACCCGUCUACGCCGAUGUCUAUGGAACCCCAAUGUAA